CUGAAUGUGGAGACCCAACCGGAAAGCUUUAAUUUUGUUAUCUGAGUAGCUAAGAGGCUGUCAUCCGCGAGCUAACGCCGUUAAAAUAGCUAAAGUCUUUAUAUUUGAUCAACUAUUUCCUGUUGGGGUCUGAUAACUGUGCAGGAUUACAAUGAUUAAAGCUAUUUUGAUAUUCAACAACCACGGUAAACCGCGGCUGAUUAGGUUCUAUCAAUAUUUCACGGAGGACAUGCAGCAGCAGAUCAUUCGGGAGACUUUUCAUUUGGUAUCCAAGAGGGACGACAAUGUCUGCAACUUCCUGGAGGGUGGAAGUCUCAUUGGUGGUUCAGAUUACAAACUUAUCUACCGGCACUAUGCAACCCUUUACUUUGUCUUCUGUGUGGACUCAUCUGAGAGCGAGCUUGGAAUUCUGGACCUGAUACAGGUGUUUGUGGAAACACUGGAUAAAUGCUUUGAAAACGUCUGUGAGCUGGACCUCAUAUUCCACAUGGACAAGGUACACUACAUCUUGCAGGAAGUGGUGAUGGGAGGCAUGGUGCUGGAGACUAACAUGAAUGAGAUCGUAGCUCAGGUGGAGGUGCAGAACCGCAUGGAGAAGUCAGAGGGCGGUCUGUCUGCAGCUCCAGCUCGUGCUGUCUCCGCUGUGAAAAACAUGAACCUGCCAGAGAUUCCUCGAAAUAUCAACAUCGGAGACAUCAAUAUCAAAGUACCGAGCCUCUCCCCAUUCUGAGAAGCCUCCCAGCUGAGCUCUGCUGGGCUGAUGUACUACAGACAUCUCUGUUUCCCUCCUCCCAGCUCUCUAGCUAAGACAGAAAACUGUGUGUGUGUGUAUAUAUAAAUAUAUAUAUAUAUAUAUAUAUCAGUCUUUUCACAUGUUCAGGAGUUCUGGAUUAUUUUUGAGUUCAGUUGCUAACAGUUACUUUAGUUAAAGCAUUUGCACAAGAAUGUAAAUUAUCUUUCUAUAAAGCUUUAGCAGUUCUAUUGCUAUCUUGACAUCGCCUGCUAUUCCCAGUGUGUCCUGCAGAUCUGCUCUAGAUUUCCUGUUCCGUCCAAAAGAAAAACGACUGCUGAUCCACUGUGUAUUUUUCUUUUUUUUUUUCCCAAGCUCCGACAUUCAUCGUUUGUUCUGCCUAUAUUCUGAAAAACAUUCCCUCCUGUCUGGAGCAGUUCACUGUACCCUUUGGCCUCUGCAGUAUGCAGCAAAUGUUCCAAAUGUGUGCUCUCAGAAUGGGAUCAGACUCAUCUGCCUGGCUGCUGUCGCAGUUCC